CUUCAAUAGGAAAUUCAGCUACAGCUCCUGUUCUAGUGCAAAAUAUUACUUCAACACAAAAUUCAGCACCAGCUCCAGAGGGCGAUCACAUUUCAGAAGAAAAUGUGUCAGCAGUCGACCUUUUAACUGAAGAUAUUCCAGAUAUAAAAGUGGAGCCGAGUUCUAAUAAUCAAGGAGAACAAAAAAAGAAAUCAAUUUUAACGAUAGAUGAAAUAAUAAAAUGGUUAUCAAAACCAGAAAUAAAAAAUAAUAAAAAAAUUAGAUCAAAGCCUAUGUCUAAAACUGAUGAAGAAUGGUUUGAUUUAAUGGAGACAGAUGAUGAUAAAGAUAGCGAACCAAGUGAUUCAGAAUAUGAUACAGCUGAUGAAGAUCCUGAAAUAACAGAAACUGAAAAAUUUAAUGAAGGUAAGGUAUGUGAUUAUUAUGCAUUUGUAUCAAAAGAAUACUAUGCUGAAGGUGAGCCAUUAGGCUUCUUUGAAUCAAUUGAGAAAAAAAUUGCUAAUGUAUAUAAAAGAGAAUUAGGCUUAAAAGAAGGAUUAAAGCAUGAAACAAUAAAAAUUAUUAAAGAAGAUCGAAUUAACACAACUAUAGAAAAAGAAUAUAAUGAAAUUAUUGAUGAAAUAAAAGAUGAAGUGUUACAAGAAUCUGAAUGGUCAUUGUCUGAGCAGAAGAGAGCGGAAACCAAUACAUCUUGA